CAUCCCACACAAUUCCCCCCGUCAGAUUUUCAACGGCACCUUCCCGCCACAAGAAUGGUGCAGUUCCACGAACACAUCAUCACAGAGCUUCUCGAAGACUCCAAUGGCGGACUGGUGGUGCUCUCCUCAGGCCUCUGCCUCCCCAAGCUAAUCUCCUCUCUCCUCCUCCUCCACCAUCCUUCCCAAGGCUCGCUUCUCCUCCUCUCCUCUUCCCCUUCUCAAAAGCAACUCAUCCUUUACCACCUCGACGCUAACCCUAACCCUAACCCUAAUCUUCCCUCCGAGAUUACUGCCGAUCUUCCGGCGCACCACCGCCACUCUCUCUACACGUCUGGCUCUGUUUUUUUCAUCACUUCUCGGAUUCUUAUCGUUGAUCUUCUAACUUCUAGGGUUCCGACUUCGGGCAUUGCCGGCCUCAUUAUUCUCAAUGCUCACUCUCUAUCCGAGACAUGUACAGAGGCCUUUAUUGUGCGAAUUAUCCGAUCUCUCAAUCCGGCAGCGUACGUUCGGGCGUUUUCGGAUAAGCCGCACGCGAUGGUGUCGGGGUUCGCGAAGGCGGAGAGGAUAAUGAAGUGUUUGUUCUUGAGGAGGUUGCAUCUGUGGCCGAGGUUUCAGGUGCAUGUGUCGCAGGAGUUGGAGAGGUGUCCGCCGGUGGUGGUCGACAUUAGGGUUCCGAUGACGGCGCACAUGCAGGGGAUUCAGAAGGCAAUUGUUGAGGUUUUGGAUGCGUGUCUGAAGGAGAUGAGGAAGACGAAUAAGGUGGAUGUGGAUGAUCUGACGGUGGAGAAUGGGCUGUUUAAGUCGUUUGAUGAGAUUGUGAGGCGGCAAUUGGAUCCCAUUUGGCAUACGCUUGGGAAGAAGACCAAGCAGCUGGUUUCGGAUUUGAAAACUCUGAGGAAAUUGUUGGAUUAUCUUGUUAGGUACGAUGCAGUUUCUUAUUUGAAGUAUUUGGAUUCACUAAGAGCAUCAGAGAAUAUUAGGUCUGUUUGGAUAUUUGCAGAGUCGAGCUAUAAGAUUUUUGAGUAUGCAAAAAAACGGGUCUAUCAUUUUGUGAGGUCAGAUGGUGGGAAAUUGGGUGGGCAGAAUAAGAGUGUGACAAACAAAAAGAGAAAGUUGAACAACAAUAAGAAUGAAGCAAAUGGUGAUUCGGUGCUGGUAGGCACAAACGGUGGAGUAGUUCUGGAGGAAGUGCUAGAGGAAUCACCAAAGUGGAAGGUGUUACGUGAGGUUCUUAAAGAGAUAGAAGACGAAAGAGAAAAGCAAGCUUCUUCAAGAGAAGAUGCUUCAGCCGAAGGUGAUGAGGAUGAUAGUGGCAUUGUUUUAGUGGCUUGCAAAGAUGAACGCUCAUGCAUGCAACUUGAAGAUUUCAUCAAGAGUGAUCCACAGAAGGUCAUGCGUGAAGAGUGGGAAAAGUAUUUGCUAAGCAAAGUGGAGUUGCAGGGGUUACAAACACGUAAGAAAAAUAAAGCAAAAGAACCUAAAGGGUUUGGGAUACUUAAUGGAGAGGUUCCUUCUACAUCUGGACAGAAUACAGAACCUACCAGCAUAAGCAAGCUGGAACAUGAUGCGCUGAUGGCUGCAGCAUCAGUAAUAAGUUUAGCCAAAAAGGAUACUGCUGUUAGUGAUAAUUCACAACCUCAUAUUGGCAGUGGGGGGCGGGGAAAAGGAAGGGGUAAAGGAAGAAAUAUAAAAAUCACAGGAAAAGCUCAGGUUUCUGGGCACAAAGUUAACAAUAGUAAUAGUGAGCAAGGAAGAAAUGACAAAUCUGAAGUAUUUGGUUCAGAAAAUGAUAGCCAGGGAAAAGAAAUUGAUCCAGUGGGUUCUGGUGAUUUCAAUGAAAACAAAGAUAAAGGUGCAUCUGUGGAUAAAGGAGUUCUUCAGAAGCAUUGUCAAGAGACUGAUGCUCCAUCAUUCAGCAAUGCUAAGCAACUACCACUGGUGCACUUUUAUGCCCUAGAAAGUGAAAAGAGCAAUAUACUUGAUGUUUUGAAGCCUUCUAUAGUUAUUGUUUACCAUCCAGACAUGACUUUUGUCAGGGAAAUUGAAAUAUAUAAAACUGAAAAUCCCUCAAAAAAAUUGAAAGUUUAUUUUCUGUUUUAUGAAGAUUCCACUGAGGUGCAAAAGUUUGAGGCAAGCAUACGCAGGGAAAAUGGAGCAUUUGAAUCUUUGAUUAGGCAGAAAUCAUUGAUGAUGAUCCCUGUUGAUCAGGAUGUGCGUGGCCUGGGAUUGAAUUCUUCCAUUGAACCACAAGCUAUAACUUCCCAAAACUCAAUAACCAGAAAGGCUGGUGGAAGAAAGGAAGUGGAGAAAGAAAUCCAGGUCAUAGUUGAUAUGAGGGAGUUCAUGAGCAGCCUUCCAAAUGUUCUUCACCAGAAGGGCAUGCGCAUUAUACCAGUUACCUUGGAAGUUGGGGAUUAUAUCCUCUCUCCUCUAAUUUGCGUAGAGAGGAAGAGUAUCCAAGAUCUUUUUGGAAGCUUUGCAUCAGGCCGCCUAUACCAUCAAGUUGAAACCAUGGUACGGUAUUAUAGAAUACCAGUGCUUCUGAUUGAAUUUUCACAAGACAAAAGCUUUUCGUUUCAGUCUGCAAGUGAAAUUGGUGAUGACGUCACACCAAAUAGUAUUAUUUCCAAGCUGUCAUUGCUUGUUCUACAUUUCCCCCGCCUGCGCAUUGUCUGGUCUCGCAGUUUGCAUGCAACCGCAGAGAUAUUUGCUUCACUCAAGGCCAAUCAGGAUGAGCCUGAUGAAGCAAAGGCAAUCAGGGUGGGUGUCCCCUCCGAAGAGGGUAUCGUGGAGAAUGAUGUGAGAGCUGAAAAUUACAACACUAGUGCGGUGGAGUUGUUGAGACGGCUGCCGGGUGUAACAGACUCUAACUAUAGGGCUAUAAUGGAUGGGUGUAAAAGCUUGGCAGAACUUGCCCUUCUUCCUGUAGAGAAGCUAGCUGAAUUAAUGGGAGGUCAUAAAGCUGCAAGGACCCUGAGGGAGUUUCUGGAUGCCAAGUAUCCAACCUUGCUAUAGGUAGUGAUAUAGCGCAAAUAGAUUUAAAUUUAGGUCCUACAGAAACAGUGAGCUGUAGCAUAUUUUAAGCAUUGUUGUAUUAGUAUCGAGGAUUUUAUCUGGACCUUGUUGGGGUUACCAUGGAGUCAUGGACUAACCCCUUUCCAAUUUUUUUGGUAAUAUUUAGUUACUUCAUUGUUUAGUCCAAGCUAACAUUGAGCUUGGGGCGCAUUGUGGGGCCAAUGAGUGGUGUAAUCUUUUGUCCCCUAGUAGAUUAUUUUUAUUUAUAUUUGUGUAUAUUUUAACACACUCUGAUAGAGCCGUGUGCGUUUGAAUC